CAGUUUUCAACCAGACGAUUAAUGUAAAGUUAUUCAAAUGGAGUAAUUUGAUUUCUGAUUCUCUGAUGUAAUAGAGUAUUUCAGUGGAAGGGACCUACAAUGACCAUCUAGUCCAACUGCCUGACCACUUCAGGGCUCACCGAAAAUGUUCUCUGUGUUUUUCAUUCUGAGAAGACUCAGGAAAAUGUAAGAACCUGUAACAGCACUUGAAAAGAAAAGAAAGUGCAAAGGCAGUGUUUGGCUCAUCUUCACCAUACCUCUCUCCUACUCUGAUUCCUCCUUGUAAUCCCCAAGUGAAGAUGAAUAGCCUACUGCAAAUAUGACGUCUCUGACUAGUGUCAUUGCCUCCCACCAGUCUGAGUGGGUGUCCUUCACUGAUGAGCUCCUCCCUGUUAACCCACGAGGUAGCACUGAGGAGCCCCUGGAGAAAUGUUUUUCUUCCUCAGACACCUCCUCAGAAGAGAACCACAAGGUGGAUGGAGAAUUUCAAGACCUCUCCCACAAAGAGCUGGAAGUUGCAGCUGACCAACCCAAGUUGGAUUCCGCUGUGCUUGGGAACCAUGUGUGUCUCAGCGCUGACCUGUCAUCAUCCAUCAGUGCUUGGGUUCAGUUUGAAGAUGCACCAUGGACCAGUGCUCCAUCGACCCACCCACAAGCAGUGUCUCUAUCAAAAGCACCCAGCUGGACUUCCCCCUCCUCCAACUCUUCCGAGCGGCAAGCCCAUGCUUCGGAGAGCAGCUGGACAACCAACUCGGAGGACACCAGCAGCCCAAGCAUUGCUCCCUCCUACACAGAUCUGCAGUCAGUUAAUACUGAGGACUUGACCAGUGGUGGAACAUCUGCAGCAGAUUCAGCUGACAAUUCCUCGUCUCUCCAGGAAGAUGAAGAGGUAGAUAUGGAGGCUGUCAACUGGCAGCUGAACACCACUUCCAUGAAUGGGCACUCAUCUACCCCAACCACAGUUCGCUUUCCCAGCUGGGUGACUUUUGAUGACAAUGAAGUCAGUUUUUCACCGCAGAACCUUUCCCCCUUGAAAACAGACACCCCACCUGCAGAAACACAGACUCCAGAUGUUAACUUCAACCUCACUACAUCCUUUAAGAAGAGAGAACGUCCCAAAAGCACAUUGGGUGACCUCUCUAAAAUUCAAAAACUAGAUCUCUCCUCCUUAGCCAAGUUGCCUUCUGUUGAAACACCCCCAUGGAGUGCUACUAAUCCCUUCCUGGAUGAAUCUCUGCGAGAUGUCCAACCCUCACCCAUCAAUCCAUUCAGCUCAUUCUUUGAGGAGCGAGACAGGCGUUCCAAAAGUUCUUCUGUCUCCAGUGCUCCAGGCAAAAGCCAAAGAGACUCUCUCAUUAUUCUCCAUCAAGAGCCUGAUACCAUCAGUUUCCAUGAGGCAAACAAAAAUGUAACCCACACAGAUGCUGUAGAGCAGCUCAAGCAACUCCAGAUUGGAGACCCAGAUCGUAUGAGCAGCCCUACCUUGCCUGAUGAUGACCCCAUGAUGCCAUAUGAUCUGGAUGCAGCCUUAUUUAACCUGGCACCAGCUCAGCCAAAGGAUGGAUGGCCAAUGAUGCUCAGGAUCCCAGAGAAGAAGAAUAUCAUGUCAUCCAGGCACUGGGGACCAAUAUACGUCAAGCUGACUGACAGUGGAUGUAUACAGCUUUUUUAUGAGAAAGGACUGGAGAAGCCUUUCCGAGAAUUCAAACUUGAAAUCAAUCAUGAGAUUUCAGAGCGUAAACUCCAGAACUAUGAUGAGAAUGGAAGAAUACACAGUGUGCGGUUGGACCGCACAACCUACAAGGAGAAAAAGAAGUAUCAGCCUAAACCAGCCAUUACUCACACAGCAGAGAGAGAACAAAUUAUCAAGCUUGGGACUACGGAUUAUGAAGACUUCCUUAGCUUCAUCACUGCUGUGCAAGACACACUGAUGAACUUGCCAGCCUCAUCAACAGAUCUGAGCACAGUGGGACUAAACUAUCAGGAAGAAGAAAUCACAGUUGAUGUCAGGGAUGAGUUUCAUGGCACCUUGGCCAAAGGAGACAGUGCGAUUCUCCAGCACAGUGUGCUGACCCAUAUCUAUGUUCUCAGCUUCCUUUCUGGCCUGGCAGAAUGCAGACUGGGCCUUAAUGAUAUCCUGAUCAAAGGGAAUGAAAUAGUUGCAAGGCAGGAUAUUAUGCCCACUACUACCACUAAGUGGAUUAAAUUAUACAGCUGUCGGUUCCAUUCAUGUGUGGAUGAGGAUAUGUUUAAUAACUCCCGUAUUAUCCUGUUCAACCCCUUGGAUGCCUGCCGGUUUGAACUGAUGCGAUUCAGAACUGUCUUUGCUGAGAAAACUUUGCCUUUUACUCUGAGGACAGCUGCCAGCAUCAAUGGUGCUGAGGUGGAGGUGCAGAGCUGGCUGAUGAUGUCCACUGGGUUCUCUUCCAACCGUGAUCCUUUAACUCAGGUCCCUUGUGAAAAUGUGAUGAUCCGCUACCCAGUGCCAAACGAGUGGGUGAAGAACUUCCGCCGGGAGAGCGUUCUGGGGGAGAAAUCUUUGAAAGCCAAGGUGAACAAGGGGGCCACUUUUGGAUCAACCAGUCUGUCUGGUUCUGAGCCAGUAAUGAGAGUAACUUUGGGAACUGCCAAAUAUGAGCAUGCCUUUAAUUCCAUCGUAUGGAGAAUAAACCGACUGCCUGACAAAAACUCAGCUUCUGGCCAUCCUCACUGCUUCUUCUGUCACCUAGAGCUUGGCUCUGACCGGGAAGUGCCUUCCAGUUUUGUCCGCUAUGUAGAUGUGGAAUUUGACAUGCCCACCACUUCUGCGUCCAAAGCCACUGUUCGGUCCAUCUCUGUCGAGGACAAGACCAACGUGAGGAAGUGGGUCAACUAUUCAGCACACUACAGUUACAAGGUCGAAAUAGAGCAGAAAAAAAGCUUGAAUGAGGACCUGAAGGGAGAAGAUACUGCAAAUGUCAAUGAAUGCGUUACGCAGUGAAGGAAGAUCCGUCUGCAAGUCCCAAGAGGGGUGGCCAAAUUAACAGACUUGGAAGAGAGGACUUGCAGGGUUUUGGUAUUUUUCUUUAAGGAAGUAUGGAGUCCUAUUUUUAAAAUAAUGCUCUGAAGAGUAUUAUUUUUCCUUGUGAUGAUCCGUACUUUGAGAAGAAGCUUGUCAGUGGCUUGUUUGGAGCGGGCCUACGGGCUUUUGCUGGAAUGAUUUACGUACAGUUGGGGUAUAGACAGAAUGACUCAUUACAGUCAAGCCUGCCUCUUCUUCCUCUUCACCAUCUAGGUUCUGCACUGAAGUGUGGGCUGGCCCCCAUCACAGCCAAACCAGAAAGCAGCUUUUAUCUCAGUUAUAAUCUUGCCCUCCUAUGUUAAGCAUUUUUUUGUAUGUGUGUUGGUUUGGUCAUUGGCAGAUUUACUUCCUUCUGAACUGCCAAAUAAAACCCAGGGAGCAUCAAGUGAAAAAUGAUACAAAAUCUCAUUUCUGAAGUCGUCAACAGAGUGAAAACCCCAAGCAUCAUUCUGGAGAAUCAAAAAACUCUGCAUCUUAAACGUAGUAAAAUGGUCAAGCAGAUGCAAUACAGACAGGAGAGCUAAUCAUAUAGCUGUUCUUUUAUUCACCCCUUCCUGUCUCAUCCCCUGAACAGCAACAAGUCACUGUGCACAUUUUUGUGGGGUCUGCACAAGUUACAAGAAGGCCUCUGUAAUUUCUUAAAUUUUUUAUUUGUUAGACUGGGCUGUUCUGUUAUCUUGACUGAACAUGGUUAUGGCUGCUAGUAACAGGGAAUGUGUCUUAUAAUAGAGGUGAUACAGGAGGGACUUUGCUAAGAUUAGAUCAUUCCUGCCUCGAAAGAUAUUUAAGGGAAAAAUAUUGGGAUUUGGAUUUGGGUUUGGGUUUUUUUAUAUGUUUUCUUGGAUGGAUAAGGUGGGUGGUUAUUGAAAAUGUCAGAACAGGAUUACUUUAACAGACAAUGUUGUUCGCCUGCCUGAAAAUCGCUGGAAGUCUGUCCAGCGCAAUAUUACUUUCAUGUUCUACCUUGAACCUACAAUACAAGUAACUUGUAUCUUUAUAAAACCCCCACUAACUGGGACCCAAAAUCUCUUCAAAAAUUAACAAGCUUCCAUCAUGGGGAUUUUUUUAUCUCCACUUAGCUGAAAGUAACAGCAAGUCUUAAAACUUCUUUCUAACUAAAAAUGCAGAAGGCAAAAGUCACUCAUUCAUAUAUAUUGUCAGAGAAAACAGUGUUCAGAGUACGCGUUUUUUGUAGUUGUUUCCAUGGCUUGUGUAAUACUUUGUCUCGAGGUAAUUUUAAAUGUAAAAAAAGUAAUUUAUUAAAUCAUUUAUCUUUUGAAAGGUUACUGCUGACUUUAAAAUCACACAUUUGGAAAGCCUUGGCAAUGUAAUUUAAAAUCAUAAUGAAUUAAAAUGAAAGCUUUUUUAUAAACUUAUAAAUUUAUUUUAUUUUGCAUUUCAUAUAACAGAAAAUUAAUACACUCUCAGUUUACUACUUUCACUGUGACUCCUAUAAAAAUCACAACAAUGUUAAAAUCCCAAAUAAAACAUAAGAUUAAUUACAUUGAGUCUAAAACUGGUAGUGUUAGAAUUUAAAACAAAUUAUAGAGAUCAUAUAAAUGCCUUUUUGUAUGCACCUAAAUUGCAAGGCUAAAUCAACCUAGUGAUAUAUAUUUACACAGGUACACUGCUGUAAAUAUGCAAAGUCUCAGUCUUUCUACAACUUCUUAAUAAGCAUGUAAUACAGUAUUGUAGCUCAUCCUACUGAAGCCCAGGGAGCUCCUCGGAGCACACCACGUAGUACUAAGCAUUUGUAACAUCCCUCUGUAAAUGGAAGAAUGCUUUUAACUUCUAUGAAGCAUUUUGUCAUCAGAGGAUUAAAAUUACUGACAAAGAAAAAAUAAUUAUUAUUUAUUCCAUGAUGUAUAAGUUGUGAAAUAUCUGAGAGCAUGGGGCUGAAUUCAUGACUGACUCUCAGCCUUGUUGCAGGUCAGCUGUGAUGAGUUGCAUGGCAACUCCUCUCUACAAAAUUCUCCCUUCUUUUCAAAGGCAUUCAAAGAACUUCUGGAUGUUUUCCUGUUUUUCACUGCAGCCCCUAGUGUACAGUUUCUGAAAAGGACCACCAAGAAAUGCAACAAAACCAGACUGAAGGAUUGCUGAGGAAGUGUGAGAAUGUCCCCUGAAAGGAACAGUUGGGAGAUUUCCUACUCCGGUCUGCAGGCUCAGCGUCUGAAUUUUUGCCUAUUGCCCCCAGCCCUUGAAAACACAAAUAUGUAAAAGCAAAUAAACAAAAUUAUGGUGUACUCCUUAAAGAGGGGAAAAAUCAAAGGAAUAUAAUUUUCCAUCUCUGUUGAAUUCUUAAACUAUUCAGUCUCUAUCAUACUUCAGCCAGAAUAUUUCAUCACCCCAAAACUGAAAGAUGAACAUAUUGGAGGUUUCUGGAUUUACUUAAUUUCAUUCAUCACUGAUUCUUUAUUUUUUAAUACAAAGUUAAUGAAUGAAAGAAAGAGUAUGGGCCCAACUCUGAUCUCUCUUGUGUAGUUAGUUGUGUGACACAACUGUCUCCUCCAAUCUUCAUGGAGUUAUGCAGGCAAAACUGGAAAAGUAUUCUGGUUUAUAAAAAAAGCUAUUUUAAUACAUUCUGAUCUCUGGAGAAUAUUUUUCUGAUGUACCUGUCACUGAAUUUUCAAGAGUUUAAGAUUAAUACCUCAGCCAGAGUUUCAAAAGACCCUAUUUCCUAUUGAAGCACUAGAGUAAGUAGUUUGAUUUUUCAGAAGAGCACCAACAACCAAAAUCUUUAGAAAAUCUAGUGUUGGUAUCACCAGGUGUCACCACUGAAUUCUUUUUUCAGUCCAGCACCAUUACGAGUGCUGAGCGCUUGUACACCAGGAUCCUAAGUGCCCUUCUUCAGGCUUUCACUGUUCUUGCUUGAUUAAGUAGUGCCAAUUUUUCAGUGUGAGAUACUGUCCCAUGUGAACUAUAUACUCUUCAUCCAUAGGGGUACAAUAGUAAUUUGGAGAGACUGUUGAUGGGAGUGAGGGGGAAAGAGCUGAGAGGUUCGUCAGCUUCAGAGUAGCAGAAAUGCUUUAGACACAAGCUGUGCCUGUAUUUGGGAUGAUUUUUUUUUUUAAUCUUUGGGAAAAAAUCUCUUGGAGUAGUUUAAGGUUAAUACUCCUUUUGAGAAAGAGAUAAUCACUGCCCUUUGGUUUAUUUGAAAGCUUCGUAGUACUUAAACACUCCGUGCAGGAAAUGUGCCUUCAAGGUAAGCAUGCACUUACUCCCUGAAGCUAUUCCCACUUUCAGCCUUCUUUCUCAUUAUGGUUUUCUUUCAUUUUUGUGCUGUGGUAAGACUUGUGGUAUUGCAGGGAAUUUUGCCUAUUAAAAUAAACUUAAAACAGCGUUUGAUAAUAAUGGGUAAAGAUGAACAACAUCUCUGGGAAGCUGAGCUUAUUUUAGUGAGUGCCUUUUAUAUUUAUAAACUAUGGACACUCUGCUAGCAAAGGAAAAUGGGCAAAAUCAGUUGAGAAAUACAGUAACUGAUGUUGCAUUUGUCCUUUAUUUAGACUCAAAUUUAGUCAUCCUAUGAAGGAGACAGAUUUUAGGUUCUUCAUUGUAGCAGUAUCGUAAGAAACAUUGCAGAAAUAAUUGACCUUUUCUGGUGGGUUACUGGCUGACAUACUUACUAAACAGGACAUCCAAGACCUGUUGGUCUACCUGUCCACGUGGCUUAGUAGCCGCUUAAACUCCCUCUUGAUCAUUCACCUCCCAGGAUGGAGAGCAAUUGCAUGCAAAGGAGCAUGAAAGCAAGAGGAAAAGGUAAUCAAAGUUCAGCCUGAAGGUACUUACUCCGUGGCUUGCAUGAAAUUCUCAGUAAUUUCCUUGGCCCUUGAAUGUACACAAACUAAUCAAGCCGUUGAUAGGUCACCUCUCUUCCAGAGAGUGAAAAAUGCCUUUCAGUGACUUGUAGCAGCUUGUGUUUAUAGCUGUAUUCAUCUCCAGAACUGGCCAGCACAAGAAUUUGCAGCGCACAGAGAUCACUUAUGGAUGAAGUACUUACCCUCUUCUGCCACUGAAGUUAAAUCUACAUCAUGAGUUGUAUGAGAUAUGAAAUUUUGUGUGAUAACAGGCAUAGCUGUUCCUAGCCUUCCUGUUUUGUUCAGCCACCCACCCACACAUCCAUCCUCCCAUCCGUCCUACCCUCCCUCCCUCUCUCUCCUAUACUUACUUGCAAUUCAUCCUUUGCACUAUUGGCAUUGAUUGGUUUGAUGAUUAUUUUGUAACAUGUUCCUACCUUUUGGUUUUGUAAAAUAAGAAAGUCUAUACACUGGCUAACUUUGUAGAAGCGUUUGGGGUUUUUUUAUUUUUAUUUUAUCAGUUGAAAUGGGACAUCAUGUUUUGUUUGAACUAUGGGAAAACUUAAAUAAAUGUUAAGAUGAAACAGCA